AUAAAAUAAAUCCAUUCAAGAUGGCAGCGUCCAUGCUCCGAAGGGUGUCUGUGUGUGCCUCACGAUUUAGUUUGGGAACUCUUCGGAUCCAGGCUGGAUUUCUUCACGGGAAUACAGGAAACGAUUUCAGAAGCGCUUAUAGUUUAGAGAAAAUCUAUCCAAAUUCGAGUUUCAACUACGGGAGCAGAGCUGUGGGUGGAGGACAGCAGACUGAUUGUGAUAUACCUGUAGAUCGCCUCACCAUUACCUACUGUCGAAGUAGUGGCCCUGGAGGCCAGAAUGUUAAUAAAGUAAACACAAAAGCUGAAGUCCGGUUCCACAUACAAACGGCUGAUUGGAUUCCUGAAGAUGUGCGACAAAAGAUGAUUUCUCAGCACACAAACCGAAUAAACAGAAGUGGUGAGUUGGUCAUCACCUCGGAAGUGAGCCGGUACCAGAUGCGCAAUCUGUCUGACUGUUUGCAGAAAAUCCGAGACAUGAUCACUGCUGCCAGCGUUAAACCCAAGCAGCCUUCCCAAGAAGACCUGGCUCUCCGACGCUACAGGAUAGACAAAAUGAACCGAGAACGUCUGCAACGAAAGAAAAUACACUCUGCAGUGAAGCAAAGCCGACGCGUGGAGUUUGACUGAAGGCGAUGCCAGAAUAUGAAGGAUGGCUGCUUUGAAGCAAUCUGUAAAGAAUAAAUGAAUGAUUUGUACAA